AUGUUGAGAGAGACCUUCUGGGUCAGAGGCUAUUGUGCCCACGCUUUGUCCGCUUUCGAGAUUGGCGAUAUGGUAGGUGGAGGCGGACAGCAUAGCUCUGGCAGAAAUCGCCUGGAGGAAGACGUUGAAGUCGAGAAGCGCUCAGGAAAACCGUUCUCCAGUACAGUUGACGUAGAUCGGUAUGCUCUUUCCGCGAAAUCUGUGCAGCGGAGUUGGACGACUCAAGUGACGGCCGGAUUUCUACGUAGAUCUGUUUUCAAGGCAUUUGUCUCUUUUCUUAUCGGAGACGGCCAAAGCUUCAAUCAAGCUUUGGCAGCGGACGGUACUCUGGUCUAUUCUGACGAGGCAUGGUCUAAAGCUACAUAG